AUGGCCAACUACAAGGUCUGCGUGGUCGGCGGCGCGGGCGGCAUCGGGCAGCCCCUGUCGCUGCUGAUGGCCAUGGACCCCAACGUGUCGGAGCUGUGCGUGUACGACCUGACCCUGGCGAUGGUGCCCGCGGAGGGCGUGGCGGCUGACCUGUCGCACCUCAACCACAAGGCCGUGGUCAAGGGCUACGCCUUCGACAAGGACGACCGCGCCAUCGACAAGGCCGAGGAGUGCCUCACCGGGUGCAGCCUCGUGCUGAUACCCGCGGGCGUCCCGCGCAAGCCCGGACAGGACCGCAAGGAUCUGCUGAACAUCAACGCGGGCAUCGCGAAGAACAUCGUGGAGGCCUGCGCCAAGUUCUGCCCCGACGCCGUCGUGGCCUUGAUCGUCAACCCGUGA